AUGACAGACGUAGAAACUUUGGCUUUCCAAGCCGAGAUCAACCAAUUGCUCUCCCUCAUCAUCAAUACUUUUUACAGCAACAAAGAGAUCUUCCUUCGUGAGCUCAUCAGUCACUCCUCCGAUGCUUUGGACAAGAUUAGGUUUGAGUCCUUGACGACAAGAGCAAGCUCGAUGGCUGAUUUGGUCAACAAUCUUGGAACAAUUGCAACGUCUGGUACCAAGGAAUUCAUGGAGGCUUUGGCUGCUGGUGCUGAUGUGAGUAUGAUUGGGCAGUUUGGUGUUGGUUUCUACUCGGCUUACUUGGUUGCUGAUAAGGUUAUUGUCACCACCAAGCACAACGAUGAUAAGCAGUACGUGUGGGAGUCUCAGGCUGGUGGUUCUUUCACCAUGACCAGAGACACUUCUGGUGAGAGUCUUGGUAGGGGUACGAAGAUGACCAUUCACCUCAAAGAAGACCAGUUGGAGUACCUUGAGGAGAGGAGGCUUAAUCUGAGUUCAUGA